GAUUGUUCUAAAAUUUGCAUAAUGGAUGAAAGUGACAAAGAAGACACCUCAGGAAAGAUUUGGGAAUCUCUGAUUAAGGAGUUCGGGACUCCUAAAUUGGUUUUGUCGGUUAUCGGUGACUCGGACAGCUUCGUCCCCAGGGCCUGGCCAAAGUCAGUCUUCCAGACCGCGCUGAUUGAGACGCACAAGAGUAGUGGAGGAGAUACAUGGAUUCUAUACGGGAAUAAAAAUGUGGGAGUAUCAAAGAUUGUGAGAGACGCAAAAGAUGUUUACACAACGAUGGAGAACACUAAAAACGGAAACGAUAUUAUAUUGCUUGGAACCGCAUCAACAGAGUCUACUGAAAAAGACCAAAUCCAAAUCGAAGAUCAAGAAAAGAUAAGUGUACGAAUGUUUAAAUAUAGGAAUCUACACAUUAAGAAAAGAAUGUGUUUUAUUCAAUUUCAUCUGAACACAGAAUAA